AUGACGUAAACACGAAUGUGCUCUUCUACUCACCUGUCUUACUAAGUCAUUAAACCCCAAAAGACAACUUCGAGAUAUAUCUUCUCUGCUACCAAUCCACUGGCCGGGAUCCAUCGCGGCUGUCUGCAAUACACCCGACAUAUUUCCAUCAUGGCGGCUUUGGAUCUCAUUGACCACUCACCCCACCAUCCAGAUCCUGCCCCGCCAAUCGCAACAGCUUCAAACGUCGUUCUCAUCGACAAUUAUGACUCCUUCACUUGGAAUAUCUACCAGUAUCUUUGCUUUGAGGGUGCCACCUGCUCGGUCUACAGAAACGACCAGAUAACUGUGGAUGAACUUGUAGCUAGAAAGCCGACUCAAUUGGUUAUCAGUCCGGGACCGGGCCACCCCACUACAGAUUCUGGCAUCAGUCGCGACGUCAUCAAGCAUUUCGCUGGCAAGAUUCCCAUCUUCGGCGUUUGCAUGGGCCAGCAAUGUAUUUUCGAUGUGUACGGCGGCGAUGUGAACUCCGCUGGCGAAAUUCUACACGGCAAAACCUCGCCCCUAACUCACGAUUCCAAUGGUGUCUAUGCUGGUCUAGCCCAAGACCUCCCCGUGACCAGAUAUCAUUCUCUGGCUGGUACCCAUGUCACCUUGCCUGAAUGCUUGGAGGUGACGUCCUGGAUCCCGAAGGAGAACGGUGAAAAGGGUCUCAUUAUGGGCGUCCGCCACAAGGAGUAUACCGUUGAGGGUGUUCAAUUUCACCCAGAGAGUAUCCUUUCAGUCGGUGGGAGGCAGAUGAUCAGGAAUUUUUUGCACAUGCAAGGUGGAACAUGGGCGGAGAACGAGCGACUGCAGAAGCUGGCACACUCGAACGGAGUUGCGGAGGCGACUGGAGCCGCUUCAGCGCUCUCUGAAGCCAAAAAGAACAAUAUUCUCCAGCAAAUAUAUGCCCACCGACGGGAGGCAGUGGCGGCACAGAAAGAAAUUCCAUCUCAGCGGCCUGGAGACCUGCAGGCAGCAUACGACCUCAAUGCCGCUCCGCCGCAGAUCUCCUUCGUUGAUAGGCUACGUCAGAGUCCUUUCGACGUGUCUCUAAUGGCCGAAAUCAAGCGGGGCUCUCCGUCAAAGGGCAUUUUUGCCAUGGACAUCGACGCGCCGACUCAAGCGAAGAAGUAUGCCCUGGCUGGAGCGAGUGUUAUAUCAGUUCUCACUGAGCCCGAGUGGUUCAAGGGCAGCAUCGAAGAUCUACGUGUGGUGAGGCAAACUCUCAAUUGGAUGCCCAAUCGGCCAGCAAUCCUACGAAAGGAAUUCAUCUUCGAGGAGUAUCAGAUUCUGGAGGCAAGACUGGCCGGAGCCGACACGGUGCUGCUAAUUGUGAAAAUGCUGAACGUCGAACUGUUGUCACGAUUAUACAAUUACUCAUUAUCUCUUGGUAUGGAGCCUCUUGUUGAGGUCCAGAAUGCAGAAGAGAUGCAAGUUGCCGUGGAGCUUGGAUCUAAAGUCAUCGGCGUCAACAACCGCAACCUAGAAUCCUUUGAGGUAGACCUGAGUACCACCACCAGACUGCGCAGCCUGGUGCCCAAGGAGACCCUUAUCUGCGCCCUGAGUGGAAUCAACACCUACGAAGACGUUGUGGCAAAUCACAAAGACGGUGUAAAUGCCGUUUUGGUCGGGGAGACAAUCAUGCGUGCGCCAGAUGCCUCGCAAUUCAUCCAGCAGCUCUGUGCCGGUCAGGUAACGCCCAAAAAAAUUAAUACCGAGCCUUUGCUCGUCAAAAUCUGCGGAACAAGGACGCCUGAAGCUGCCCUUGCAGCUGCGGAGGCGGGAGCAGAUCUGAUAGGCAUUAUCCUAGUCCCAGGACGGAAACGAACUGUGUCUGACGAGACUGCGACAGCAAUCUCAAAUGCGGUACACGGAUUUACUCGCCCGGUCUCUCAAGCACAAUCUAGUAUUCCCAAGAACGUCGCAAGUGACUUUUUCGCUUCGGCAAGAAAGAAGCUCACAUCUAUUGGCCACAUCCGGCCGCUCCUGGUAGGAGUGUUCCUCAACCAGCCCCUUGACGUUAUUUUGGACUUCCAGAGCCGAUACAGACUCGACAUCGUGCAGCUGCACGGCAACGAACCUAUUGAGUGGUCGGGCUCCAUCCCAGUACCAGUGAUCCGAAAAUUCAGCCCAGGACAGCCAAGUAUCGGAGCACGCGGCUACCAUACAGUACCUCUGUUGGACUCUGGCGAUGGCUCGGGACAGCUGUUAGAUGCCGUGGGGGUCAAGGCAACUUUAGAAAAAGACCAGGAACUUCGGGUCAUUCUGGCCGGGGGAUUGAAUCCCAGUAACGUAUCCGAUGCCGUGAGGUCAGUAGAUAGCGCCAGAGUUAUAGGAGUCGACGUGAGCACUGGGGUCGAAGGGCCUGAUGGCAGGCAGAGUUUAGAAAGAAUACGGGAGUUUGUGAAGGUGGCCAAGUCGCUUAGGUGAAAUGGUAGGCUGAACACUGUAGAUAUACUGAGAUGACUUCAGCGCUGCUGUAGUUUACCCCUGUUCCAGAUCAGCCGUUGGUAGUAUCAACACGAUGCCCUUUCUUUACUAA